ACUUCACUCGCGUCCAGCUUCGAGGAGGGGCGAGUGUCGCUGUCCGGGGCGGGAAGAGUUAAAGGCAUUAACCCCUCCCCGUCACUUCUCCACCCCGGCGGGGCGCCCGGAGCCUCGGCUGCGAAGAGCCAGUGCUGGGCGGCGCGUUGCGCGGUGGCCUGCGGGGCUGGCGGCGGUGGAGCGCGCGGCUGCGGAGCGAGGGGACCCCGGCGCCGGGAACUUUGUGCCACUCGGCCGGUCCCAGGCAGCAACAAGAUGCCGAGCGCGCUCUGCAGAUCCCGAGCUCCCCGGACGCAACUUCGCCCUGCCUGAGCGAGUUGUUUCAGGCUGCGGUUCCCCAGGCCCUCUCUAGCCAAGGAAAAAAAGAGCUUGAAUCUCAUCUCACUGAAUACCCCUUGCAGCGUGAGCAGAGGCAGGCCCCGUGGACCUCUCCCUCUAGCGGCCAUCCGAGGAACUGUCACCCGGGGCCUCCUUGGGUGUGUGUGUAGUGGUGGUGGUGGGGUGACUGGGUGUAGCACCAUGGGGUCCACCAACACCCCACUGGUCAAGGCCCUCCACAGCUCGGUCUCUGAUUAUGUCAACUACGACAUCAUUGUCCGGCAUUACAACCACACGGGCAAGCUGAACAUCAGCGUGGACAAGGAGAACAGCAUUAAGUUGACAUCAGUGGUGUUCAUCCUCAUUUGCUGCUUGAUCAUCCUGGAGAACAUCUUUGUCUUGCUGACCAUUUGGAAAACCAAGAAGUUUCACCGGCCUAUGUACUACUUCAUCGGCAACCUGGCCCUCUCAGACCUGUUGGCGGGGGUGGCUUACACGGCCAAUCUGCUCCUGUCUGGGGCCACCACUUACAAGCUCACCCCGGCCCAGUGGUUUUUGCGGGAAGGGAGCAUGUUCGUGGCUCUUUCGGCGUCGGUAUUCAGCCUCCUAGCCAUCGCCAUUGAGCGCUACAUCACUAUGCUGAAGAUGAAACUCCACAAUGGGAGCAACAGCUCUCGUUCCUUCCUGCUGAUCAGCGCCUGCUGGGUCAUCUCCCUCAUCCUGGGGGGUUUGCCCAUCAUGGGCUGGAACUGCAUCGGUGCGCUACCCAGCUGUUCCACGGUGCUGCCUCUAUACCACAAGCACUAUAUCCUUUUCUGCACUACCGUCUUCACCCUGCUCUUGCUCUCCAUUGUCAUCCUGUACUGCAGGAUCUACUCGCUGGUCAGGACUCGAAGUCGCCGGCUCACCUUCCGCAAGAACAUUUCCAAGGCCAGCCGAAGCUCCGAGAAGUCACUGGCCUUGCUGAAGACGGUGAUCAUCGUCUUGAGCGUCUUUAUCGCCUGCUGGGCGCCCCUCUUUAUCCUGCUCCUGCUGGAUGUGGGCUGCAAGGUGAAGACCUGCGACAUCCUCUUCAAAGCUGAGUACUUCCUGGUGCUGGCCGUGCUGAACUCGGGGACCAACCCCAUCAUUUACACCUUGACCAACAAGGAGAUGCGCAGGGCCUUCAUCCGGAUCGUGUCGUGUUGUAAGUGCCCCAGCGGAGACGCCACGGGCAAGUUCAAGCGACCCAUCAUCGCGGGCAUGGAGUUCAGCCGCAGUAAAUCCGACAAUUCCUCCCACCCCCAGAAGGACGAUGGGGACAACCCAGAGACCAUCAUGUCUUCUGGGAACGUCAACUCCUCUUCCUAAGACGUGAAACUUGCCAAUCCGAUCCUCGAUCCUGGAAAAAUGCUCAUACUUGGGUCAGCAUUUGAAAAAAAAAUGCAUUUGAGCCUCAAAGGGCUGUGAUGAAGGAGCUGCUGAGAG